ACUUUAAAUAUUGCAAAAAGUUUGGAACGUGGGUCGUUCCUCGUUCCCACGAAGUUUCAUCUUUGGAAUCUGAAAGCUCCAGGAAGAGGAACUCUUUCUUUCUUGCAGUCUUACCUUCAAAUCUUCAUAGUCUAGAAGCGUCAGUUUCCGCCGCUCUCUUUUGGGUUAUAAACAUACCUCAACUUGACCCGAUUUCUUCUUUCAUGCAUCAAGAAUUUAUUUGGGUUCUUUCAAGAUUUGUCUGCUUUCAUCUUCUUCUAUCUGUGAAGCUCGUUAAACCUAUGGGAGAUUGUGAACCAGUAGUGUCUAUGUUGGAUGAGGAAGAGAACUUGAUUGCUGCAUUGCAGCGUAUAGCGAAAGCGUUGGAGACGAAAACAGAUUUGACAGAUGAUACUAGGAAAAAAUUGGCAGAUCUUGGGACCCAAUUGACCUCCAUAACUAGAACUAGUGAAAAUAGCGAUGAGGGAGUGCAUAGUGAGGAGGAGGAGAGGAUGAGUGAGUUCGAGGAGCAGCUGAACGGUUUGCAGACUAAGAUCAUGAGCUGGGAGGGGCAGCAGUCUAUGCUGUGGGAUUGCGGGGCUGAAGAAGCGUAUGAGUAUCUGAGGUGUGUGGAUGAGGCUCGAAAGCUAGUCGAGAAGUUGGAGGGUUUGUGUUUGUGUGUCGAGAAAGAUAGCAAAGAGAACGAGCUUCUGAGGAGGGUUCAUGAUGUUGUCCAGACAGCGAUGAGUAGGCUCGAGGAGGAGUUUAUGCAUUUGUUGGUUCACAACCGGAUGCCUUUCGAGCCCGAGCAUAUGUCUUUCCGUUCCAGCGAAGAAGAUAUCGUGGAUGAGAGCUCGAUUGUCUCCUUCGGGGAUGACUCGGUUGAUGAUGGGGUUAAUAGAGAUAGCAUGAGUAGAAGCUCCGAGGAUUUCAUCAUUGAGCUCGUGCAUCCCGAUGUGAUUCCUGACCUAAAAUGCAUUGCCAAUUUGAUGUUUGAUUCGAAUUAUGGUCGGGAAUGUAGCCAAGCAUAUAUCAACGUGCGAAAAGACGCCUUGGAUGAUUGUCUCUUCAUCCUUGAAGUCGAGAAACUGAGCAUCGAGGAUGUUCAGAAGAUGGAUUGGAACACGCUGAACUCGAAAAUCAGGAGGUGGGUUAGAGCCUUCAAGAUUUUCGUUCGUAUCUAUCUUGCAAGCGAGAAAUGGCUAGGUGAUCAGAUUUUCAUCGAGCUUGGAUCAGUAAGCUCUGUUUGCUUUGCAGAAUCGUCGAAAACUUCAAUGUUGCAGCUUCUGAAUUUCGGGGAAGCUGUGGCAAUCGGCCCCAACCAACCAGAAAAACUGAUUCGGAUACUCGACAUGUUCGAGGUGCUCACAGAUCUUAUGCCAGAAAUCGAUGCUUUCUACUUUGACGAGGCUGGAUCAUCUGUUAGGGUGGAGUGUGAGGAUGUUAUAAGAAGUUUGGGCAAUUGUGCAAAGGCCACUUUUCUCGAUUUCGAAAACGCGGUUGCAUCUAAUCUUUCAGCCAACGCGUUCCCGGGGGGUGGAAUCCAUCAUCUCACUAGAUACGUUAUGAACUACAUGAAAACUCUCAUGGAUUACAGCACGACUCUCAACGAGCUUCUCAAGGACGAAGAUUCGGUCACGGUUUCACCCGAGAUGAGCCCGAGCAGCGAAGACGAUAGUGCCAGCAGAAACCCGAGCAGUUCCUCGAUGGCUCAGCACUUCAGAUCCUUCACCUCGGUUCUGGAAUGCAACCUCGAGGCCAAGUCGAAGCUGUACAAGGACGAGGCCCUCAGACACCUUUUCUUGAUGAACAAUCUGCAUUAUAUCGCCAAGAAGGUGAAGAGCUCGGAGCUGAGAACCGUGCUGGGCGACGACUGGAUUCGCAAGUGCAACUGGAAGUUCCAGCAGCACGCCCGGAGCUACGAACGAGCUACGUGGAGCUCAAUCCUGUCCCUACUGAGGGACGAAGGGCUGCAGAACCCCGGCUCGAAUUCCAUCUCGAGAACUCUUCUGAAAGAGAGGCUGCAGAGCUUCUACCUCGCGUUUGAAGAGGUUUACAAGAACCAAACCGGGUGGACAGUCCCGGAUCCCCAGCUCCGGGAUGAUCUCGUAAUCAAGACAUCCCUGAAUGUCAUCCAGGGCUAUCGAACAUUCGUGGGGAGGCACGCAAUUAACAUUAGCGAAAGGCAGAUCAAGUACGGCGCAGACGAUUUGGAAAGCUUGCUCUUGGAUCUUUUCGAAGGGUCUCCAAAAUCGCUCCACGGCUCUCACAGAAGAUGAUAAUCAGCCAGGAAUUUGCUGCAGAAAUUUUGAACUCCUUUCUGUACAUGUUUUCUAUCUCCCUUUUUUUACAUUUGUAGCUAGAAAUUGUUGUUUCUGCAACAUUAUUCCCAUUUGUAAUCUGGGAAUGUAGUACUCAUUGUUAUUCCCAUGUUCUAGUUUAUCCAUCGUCAAUAUGAAUGUUUGAUUAAUUA